UGCCCACAAGGGGAAAGCCAUGCAGCAUGCAGAGGCCGGAAAGCCUUUAAUUAAAUUCACCCACUGUAAGAAAUGCAUCUACAGCUUCAGCGUGCCGCGCUGCUGCCCCCUCUGCCAGCAGGACAUGGGCUCGAGGAAGCUGGAGGAAGCACCUGUUAGCAUCUCUCAUCCGUUUACCAACGGGCACCAAGAAAAAUGUUCAUUCCUCCUCAGACCAACUCAAGGGACGUUUCUUAGGGAGUACGACGGAAGGUCUGAUCUUCACGUUGGAAUAACCAACACAAACGGAGUGGUGUAUAAUUACACCGCGCACGGUGUCCAGCGAGAUGAGACAGGCUGGGAGCAGAGUGUAAGCAUCCCGUUACUGCAGCCUGGCAUGUUUGGACUGAUGGACCAGUGGGACAAGUACCUGGAAGACUUCUCUACCACGGGGGCCUGGCUGCCUCACAGGUAUGAAGAAGACCAUCACAACUGCUACAGUUAUACCCUCACGUUCAUUAACUGCAUUCUGACCACAGAAGGCAGGGAGCAACUGGACAAGGCCGAGUUCACGGAGAAAUACGUGGUCCCGAGGACAAGGAAGGUUUCCAAGUACAUCACCCUCUACCGGGCGAUAGAAGUGCGUGGCUUCUACGUGGUCGACCACCCUGAUCAAGAGACAAGCUCUCCUCCAGGAAGUGCUUUGUGCUGAGUGUGCUGCGUAAGGGCAGAAGGGACAGAAGUUUGGGGGUUACUACCUUUAAUAAGUGUUAGGGAUUUCUAAAUGUGUUAAACUGUGGUUAUUAAAAAAGUGUUAUGGCUUUC